CGAUAAGCGCUACGUAUCACUAACGCCCUACUUACGGAAUAUUAUUUUCAAAUGGGAACGAAAGGAUCGACCUGGAUUAAUAGUUCACAAUCACCUCUUUCAAAGUCCAUUUCGGUUCACUCUGGUUGUCCGUGUGGGAACACCAUCAAGCGGAAAAUCCGGAAAAGGAACUAUCUUAAAUCGACUCUUUGCAACCGAGCAUGCCUUUUCAUCCCGAUCCGAACCCGGAGCGGUCAAUGGAAAACCGUUACUACUUGACGGAACAGUGGAACUUAUGCCAGUCACAAAUGAAUCUUGCACACGAGAUUUCUGGAACUGGACCUCCGCGGCUAUUCCCGGAGUUGAGACUCACUACAACAGUUCGAACGAAAUUCUGCUGCUUGCUAAUCUACAUGGAAACGCAUUGGAGUACCGGGAAAUAAUCUCACACCUGAAGCCAAUGAUUUCCAGUGUUUUAGUUUUCUACAUGACGCAAUCUGCUUCCGAGUUGGAAGCCAAUUACACUCGACUUCAAUCGAAAAAAUUUUUCGGUUACCUUGGCGAAGAGAACAUCUUCAAUGUUCUGAUUGAUCCAUCGGCUGAUUGCGAAAUGAUGUCUGACGACGUCCUCGAUACUUCGAAAUUGUUGGAUCACAGUAUGAUUGAAAAGCUCUAUCAGCUCAUCAUGGGAUCGUAUCACAGUAAAGUUGAGAAUUCGGGAGAGACUAUCCAAUUACCGAGUGUGAAACUCGUACCAGAAAUUAAAACAUCCAAGUCCUCCGAUUUACUAACUCAAAUCACAUCAUGCAGAAGAGUUCGACAAACGUUCAAACUGCAAAAGCUGAAAACUGGCGAACAAGAAUUUAACCAAUGCUGCCAAUUGUGGAACGAUGAUCCAAGUUUGCAGACUAUUAUAUCGUUGUUUAUCAGCAUUCUUCGGAUGCCUAUCAAAGAUCGAAGAAUCGGUUUGUACCAUUUCGAAAAAGAGAUUGGUAUUCGAUCAAUGGAAGAGUCACAGGAGCCUCGUCAACAGUACAUGGCAUUGAAUUCCAAGCGGAGGGAGCUAGCGAUGAGUCUGUCUGCAAAAUCGGAACAGUUCCGUCUGGUUUAUGAGGAGGAGAUGGCGAAAUUGGACGAAAUUAAUCAAUCUGUUCUUGGUCCACAGCAUUUCUUCAGGGAAUUAGGUCGAAUUUAUCGUCUUGCUCAAUCAAAUUGGGGCGUUCAGAACCACAGCUUGGAUGCAAUUAGGAGCCUGCCCAAGUACUACGCAGAACUCAUGAUGGACGGCUUUGCAAUAGAACUUCUGGAUGGGGACGAGAGCAACAUCAACGAUCUAUGGUUCUGUGCAAUUGCUCAUUCCGUCUGCCAAAUCAAAAAGAAUCUUCGAGUUUUCGUUAUCUCCAUUUUGGGCCUUCAAUCUUCAGGAAAAUCAACCCUUCUCAAUGCCUUGUUCGGGUGUCAAUUCGACGUGAGCGUCGGAAGGUGUACGAGGGGUCUGUUCAUGAGACUCUUAUUCUUGGAGGACAAACUUGUGAAACAGUUUGGGUUCGAUGCUUUCCUGAUCAUCGACACUGAAGGGCUGGGCUCACCGGAGCAAAUAAGUGACAGACUAGCCGAAGAGAAAGACCGACGAUUAUCCACUUUUGCUAUGAGUAUCAGUAAUUUGACAAUAAUCAACAUUUUGGGUGAGUCAUCAAGUGAGAUGACUGCCAUCCUCCAAAUUGUUAUAAUCGCCAUGGCUCGAUUGUCAAGGGCGAACAUUGCAACGCAAGUGCUAAGAGUUCAGCACGUAUCAGAGAAGGAGGAAUCUAAACUAAGUGCCGCCGAAGGGCAAUUCUUUGACGCUCUCAAAGUUGCCAUAGAUCUCGCGGAAAACAAAUCCACACAAACCGGGACAGUAAGCUCUUUCAAACUGAAAAACAUCAAACGAUCUUUGGGUGGCAAUGGAUUGGUAAAAUAUUUCGGGCAUUUUAAGAGUGGAGCUGCACCAAAUGCUCCACCGUCGGAACAAUAUCAAAAUGACAUUGUGGACUUGUAUCAAAUGAUCCUUGAGGCUGCGAAACAAAGUUCCGAGUACGUCAAUUUCUGCGAAUGGCAUGAACUUGCCGUUUCUUACUGGAAAGCCUUGCAAAAUGAAGACUUUGCGGUAAGAUUCAAGAACAUUAGAGAGAUGUGCGAUUUCCUAGCACAGGCUUCUAAAAUCUCCAACAUAAACGAUCUCACCGACAGUUCGUUCCGACAUCACCGCACCAAAAUGGAAGAUGAAAUCCGGAAAAGAAUCGAAACGAAUCAACAUUUUGAUUCAAAAUAUUUCCUCGCUGUUCUGGAAGGUGAACUGAAGAAAAUCCCCGUCAUGUGCACAUCCGGAAGAGAUCCGGGUUCGAAAUGCGACUUUUGCUGCUCAGUGGAUAAGGCUAAAUGCACACUGUUCGGUGAAAUGGAAGAAAAGCCAGAUUUGCCCAAAACGCAAGAUUCGAUCAAAUUGUACGAGGACACGGUGCGACAGAAUACCCUGAAACAUUUGGAACAAUCGAUUCACGCAACUCGAGUCCAAAAGGGUUGCCUGAAGGAAGUCGACGAAAUCAUCACUGCCGAAAUAAACAAGCGACUUCAAAUGAAGAGGGUAUUCAGUGCCGAAGAGCGAGGCGUUAUUGCUAAUGAAAUUUGGAAAAAGUUGAAAGAUGUUGUCAUCCAGAAGCGAACCAUUGAUCCGUUGGAGGAUCGAUUAAAUGACCAAAUAAAUUCCGCUUACGGCAAUCAUCUAAUUAUCAACGGGUUUGUUAACGACACCGGUCCCAAAAUGCAUGAAACGGAAGCUUUCGAUGUUACCAAAUGGAAGUUUUGGAAAGACAAGAACAUCAAGAAGAAGCACUUGUCUCAGCUACGCGCCGAAAUCAAUUAUAUUGUGAAAAUGAUUUUCAACGAUUUGAAGACAAAUAAUCUUGAGAAUGGAAUGGUGAAAAGACUUCAGCUUUCAGUCGAUAGAAUCUGUGACGAAUGGAAGAUGAAAAUGAACGCACCGUUUACAGUUGAAUUCAAAAAUGCCCUCCAUCUGGGGACGUUGCGUGCGUUCUUGUUUGAAGCAAAGGAAAGAGAGAAAAAUUGGAAGAGUGAAAAUGAUCCAUUGACUAUUCUCUACGACAACGAGAACACAUUUCGAAAAACAAUCAACGUUCGCCUAAUGUACGGAUUCAGUUCCGAAUCCGAGGGCACCAUUAUAGCCGAUCGUCUCUGCAUGGCUAUAUUAAUGAAGGCAAAAUCGGCCGGCUCUCGUCGUUGGGUUGAAGACGUCCUCGGUCAAGACUGGAUACACAACAGUCGAAACGUUCGCCUCCACUAUUUCAAGACGCUCGCCGAAGAAAUUGAAGCUGGUCACAAGACUUCUGCUGUCUCCCACUUUUUACAUCCAAAAUCCGAAAUUUCCAACUGGUUUCAUCGCACAGUUGACAGUUAUCCUCAAGAUGGGGCUAACUACGCAUUUUCCCAAACUAUUAAAGUGGAACGCCAAAAUGCCAUCGACAAGAUCAACCAAGCAACAACUGCCGCUGAAAUAAUCGAGUACGCAACUGACUACGUUAGUACUGCAGACGGAGUGCGAUAUGCUUGUAGCAUUGGAAAUCUUUCCCAAUUUGACGAGGACAAUACAGCGCGUCUCAAAAAGAGUAUCGUUCGUUCAAUCAAGGAAUAUCGUUUUGGCGGCGGAACUUUCAAACUUCCGUCCAAGGACGAAGAAAUACUUAACCGAACUGGCUGCACGGAUAGUUGUCUUUGGUGUGGCGCUCUCUGCUGGGGACGUCGUGGCCACGACCAAAAUACCGACAACACGAGAAAACAUCACACUUCUCAUCAACCCAGCGGACUUCACGGUACGAGACAUCAUACCACAAACGAUCUUAGCCUAACUUAUUGCUGUGGACGGGCUGACAACAGGGAAAUGUACAGUGGAGAUACAUACCUUGGCAAAUGGAUUGAUGUUAAAGCCAGCCCGAAAUACAACAAUUGGAUCUACUGUCCGCACUCUCAAGUUGAAUUUAAUGACUUGAUGAAAUGGUUUUUCCGACAAAUCCACAACGAAAUUGCAGAAAGAUGUGGCGUAGAACCCGCAGAAGAGGAGAAAAUGAGUGAAUGGCACAUUUCGAGUAUAGAGACAAUUAUGUCAACGUUGCGAGCGAAAAUUAGCCAGGGCUAGUGCAUGUCCUUUGACGAACCUAAGCUAGUUUGACAGUAGUGGUCCGAGUUAUUCAGUUGUAAUAAUACCAAUAAGAAUGUCAUAUGUAAAGUUAAAUGAAGUUAAACUUUUUCUACAUG